AUGAAGUUCCUCAAUGUAUUCUUCCUCUUCUAUGCCGCCCUGGUGGCGUCAGUUCCAACCACCAAUAGCAAAGCCGAACGCGAUAUCUCAAACGAAUCCCCCGACACUCUACCUAUCAUCUGCAGGUGGGACUGGGAUUGCCCCCGUCAGCAGCUCUGUUGCAAGGGUCGCUGCCACAGAACUGGAGAUUGCAGUCACGUUCCGCCCAAACUCGAGGUCGCCGGCCCUCAGACUUGCACAUGGGCUACGGACUGUCGUCCUGGAGACCUCUGCUGCAACGGUUACUGUCAAAGUGUUUAUGACUGCAGACGGAUUCCCCCGAAGCCCCCAGUGAAAGAUUCUCAAGACCCUGUGGACAAUAAGAAUACCCUUGAAACCCUGGGCGAUGAUGAACCCGUCGUCAACGACUUCAACAGGUCCCAGCUUGAUAAGAGGCGCUAUCGCUCGCCAGAAGAUAAACCUGACGACAAGCCUCGUACUGAGUCUAGUAUUCAGGGUCCCCAGACAGAAGCAGCCUGCAAACAGUGGUGGGAUUGCGGAGUUAGCGGGGAGCAUCAAUGGAUGUGCUGCAAUGGAAAGUGCCUCAAGUGGUACCCUGGAUCGACACCUUGGGUCCGUCCAAAAUGCUUGAAGUAG